AUGAAGUUGAUCCUCUCUACCUCGAAUAUCAUGAAAGGCGGCCGGCCGUCUGUCAUUCGUCAGCCGCAGCAAAAAUCGAAUGUCGAGCUGAUCACCUCCCUGCGCUCGAAUUUCUUGGCGUCGCAACAGAUCGACCACAACGGCGCGGACUCGCAUGCGAACGGGACGAACGGGACGAACGGGGCAAACGGGACCAACAGCGAUGCAAAUGGAUCCUCCUCCUGGACGCUCGAGCGCGACGGCGCUCUCUACAUCCCUGCGAUCGACUUUGCCCAGCCCGGUCUCGCAGAGGAUCGCGAUCAAUACGACAUCACGGUGAAACUAUUCUAUCUCCCAGGGAUUCCGGCAUCAAGGCGCUGCGCACACACCAGGGAAGCGAUUGAUUUAGUAUUGAAGGAGUUACAUGUCAAGUCUAUCGAUUUGCUGAUCGUCUCGUUCCCCGGCAUUCUCUUUGACGCGGAUGACGACAGCGAAGAGGAGGAGCCCGAACCGAGUGGAGAACCGGAUCACUUCGACAGCAUGGUACAGACAUGGCGGGUGCUGGAGUCCUUGCAUGAGCAGGGCAUGAUCGCGCAGCUGGGCGUGGCCGAAUUUGGCAGCGAGCGGCUGGCACGCUUCCUCCCUCACACGAAGGUCAAGCCCUCCGUCGACCAGAUUAACCUCAAAGACUGCUGCGUCGUGCCCAAGUCUCUCAUUCUCUAUGCCAAGCAGGAGCAGAUCCAGCUCCUGACCCACAAUGACUGCAAUGAUAUCCUCCCAGUCGGCACGACACGAGAGCUGUUAGGACCGGCGGACAAGGGCGGCGCGGGAAUCCUGGCAUCGGCGCCAGAGGCCCACGAUGGGAUUCAGGGACACGUCGAGCCGCAGUGGGUGGUGAAGUACACGGCAGUGGUGAAGGAUCGCGGGGUGGUCGAGAACAAAGGGUAUUUCGCUCUGGCAGAUGUAGGCACAUGUGUGAAGCCCCGGCCAUGA